AUAUAAUAAAAGUCAUUUUCAAAUUCAUAAUCAAAUGAUCAAUGAUUAUUUAUGGCAAACAUUUAGCUAUCAAAUUAUCUAAGUCCGCUCUGCGGAACGAACAAGAUCAGCAAAAAAAUGGCGAUUCCGAUUCCAAGUCGACAACUUUUCAUCGACGGCAACUGGAAAGAGCCUAUACUUAAGAAACGCAUCCCUAUCGUCAACCCUACUACCGAAGAAAUCAUCGGUGAUAUUCCUGCGGCGACUGCUGAAGAUGUGGAGGUUGCGGUGGAGGCUGCUCGGAGAGCACUUGCUCGGAAUAAAGGUAAAGAUUGGGCCUUAGCUUCGGGUGCUGUCCGUGCUAAGUAUUUGCGUGCCAUUGCUGCUAAGAUAAAAGAGAGAAAAUCUGAACUUGCAAAACUUGAAACGAUUGAUUGUGGGAAACCACUUAAUGAAGCAGAAGGGGACAUGGAGGAUGUUGCUGGCUGCUUUGAGUACUAUGCAGACCUUGCUGAAGGUUUAGAUGCCAAGCAAAACGCUCCUGUCUCUCUUCCUAUGAAGGCAUUUAAGAGCUAUGUGAUCAAGGAACCCAUUGGGGUUGUCGGUUUGAUAAUCCCAUGGAAUUACCCGCUUUUGAUGGCUGCAUGGAAAGUUGCUCCUGCUUUGGCUGCAGGUUGUGCUGCAAUACUGAAGCCUUCUGAGCUGGCGUCUGUGACCUGUUUGGAGCUGGCAGAAGUGUGUAGGGAGGUUGAUCUUCCUGCUGGUGUCCUCAACAUUCUGACUGGACUGGGACCUGAAGCUGGUGCAUCAUUGGCAUCUCAUCCCCAUGUUGACAAGAUUGCAUUUACUGGAAGCACAAUGACAGGGGUCAAGAUAAUGACAGCUGCUGCUAAAAUGGUCAAGCCUGUUUCUUUAGAGCUUGGUGGAAAAAGUCCAAUAGUUGUGUUUGAGGAUGUUGACAUUGACAAGGCUGUUGAGUGGACCUUAUAUGGUUGCUUUUAUACAAAUGGCCAGAUCUGCAGUGCAACAUCCCGUCUUAUUGUGCAUGAAAGUAUUGCAGCAGAAUUUCUGGACAGGCUUGUGAAAUGGAGUGAGAACAUUAAAAUUUCAGAUCCCUUGGAAGAAGGUUGCAAGCUUGGCCCCAUUGUUAGUAGAGGGCAGUAUGAGAAAGUAUUGAAGUUCAUUUCGACUGCUAAGAGUGAGGGAGCAACAAUUUUGUAUGGUGGGGCUCGUCCUGAGCAUUUAAAGAAAGGAUUCUUUGUUGAACCAACCAUCAUCACUGAUGUAAAAACCUCCAUGCAAAUAUGGAGAGAAGAAGUUUUUGGGCCCGUUCUUUCUGUCAAAACAUUUACCACUGAAGAUGAAGCCAUCGAAUUGGCAAAUGAUACCCAUUAUGGUUUGGGCGCUGCUGUGAUAUCGAAGGAUCUAGAAAGAUGUGAUCGCUUAAGCAAGGUUCUGCAGGCAGGCACUGUGUGGAUCAAUUGUUCACAACCAUGCUUCUUCCAAGCUGCAUUUGGAGGCAUCAAAUGGAGUGGCUUUGGGCGUGAACUAGGGGAAUGGGGACUUGAAAAUUACUUGAGUGUGAAACAGGUUACACAUUAUGUCUCCGAUGAACCAUGGGCAUGGUACCAGCCUCCUAAGCAAUGAAGUUCUUGUUGGAAUACAAAUAAAAUUUGCAGGUCUACCAGAAGGUUGAUGUGUAUUGAUGUUUGUGCUAAAAAGAUGGAAAGAUUCGUCAUAACUGAAAAAUGAGAGAACCAAUUUGUUUUGGAUUCUCUGUGUGAUUGUUUUCUAUGUGUGAUUGAUUUCGAUAGCCGCUCAUGUUAUGUGA